GUUGCCGAGGCCCUUCACUGAAGGUGCUUGAAGACCAGGAAAUAAAGCACCAAGAGUAGUUCCUGGGGUCAGAGGGCAGGGUUAGGAGACUCAUUGGUCCUGGAGUCUUCCUCAGAGCUGACUGGAUUGUGCAGUGGCGCUCCCCAGACCACCCCAGACCUGUCAGGUACCUCUUGGCUCUAGCUCACCCUCAGCCUGCAUCACUCAGGUGAGCAAGGUGGACGAGGGUGUGUGCCGGGUUGGAGCUCUGACACGCUGCAGUUAUUUGCCUUCCUGAGGAUAGACGGAGGUAGUUGUCCCAGAGCCUGUCCAGGCCCCGGGUCUCCUAAGCACUCCGUUGCGCCCCACUUGGAUGCCAACCCAUCCCAUUCAACACAGGAGGAAACUGAGGCUCAAGAGAUAGGAGCAACUUGAAACCCAGCCUGACAGAACCCGUGCCCAGCUUGUGAGGACUGCCGGCCUAGGGAAUGCCACAAAUGCCUCUUUGGUGGCCAGGUUGCACCAGAUUCUGAGGACUCAGUGGAGGAAACUUGGGGGUUGCUCCGAGGCCAGGCUCAAGGGCGGCCACAGGGCAGGUGAACGUGGCACGUUGGACACUGACUGCAAUCCCCCUGCUGCAGGUACCGUGAAGACCAACCACGAGCCAGGAGUGACUGACAGCAUGGCGGCUCAGGAGCUAGUGGCCUGCCUCUGCCAGGAGGGAGACAAGCGCCUGGCCCGGGGGGAGCCGCCCUCAGCCACUGCCUUCUACCUGGCCGCCUUCAGCUGCCACGCCCCUUCCGCCACGCGGCAUGUGCGGGCUGUCCUGGCUGAGGCUCCAGGGGCACCGGUGGUGGCCACCCUGGAGGCCUGGUGUCGUGGGGACAGCCAGAUCCCUGCUAUCCACUGGGAUGGCAUGGCGGUGGUCUCCCUGACCGGGCCACUGGCCUCCGCCUUCCUCGGCGCCAUUUGCCCGGACCACCCUGCCGCUGUGCUGUACCUUUUGGCUGGGCUGCUGGCCCACGGGCGCCACACGGAAGUGGUACAGCGCUGCAGCACCCUGUUGGACGCACACUCCGAGCAGGCCCUGGAGCUGCAGCUGACGCGUGCCCUGGCCUUGGUCCUGUCUGCGGAGCAGGCCGGCGAGGGCACAGCUGCGUAUCUUGAGAGCUUUGCCUCCAGCGCAGACCGAACGGUGGCCUUCAUCCGCAGCCACCAGCAGCCCUACCUCCCCAGGCUGCUCGGCACCCUCCAGGACUACCUCUCGGGACACCUGAAGACAAUAGGUAGUGCCAGCCAGCAAGAGACCAACUGCCAGGCGCUCCUGGAGGCCCUGGACCCCAGGGGCAGCUGGAUGGGUGUCAUGUCACCCGAAGCUCUGUUUCACAGAGGCAGGUUUGAGGAUUGCCUGGCAGCCUGCAGCAGGGACCUUCAGCCUGACUCCACCGGGAGUGGACCCCAAGGUGAGCAGCUGGCGGCCCUGCUGGUCACCCGCGCGGCCGCCACCUUCCUCCUGGAUGGCCCAGCCGGGGACGCGCUGCUGGACCUGCAGGAGGCCUUCGGCGAGAGUCCCGCCGGCGCGCGGCGGCAGUUCCAGGCCCUGCUGUCCGCCGAGGAGCGCAGCCGCGUGCUGGCGCGGGCGCAGGAGGCCGCGGACGUGGGCUUCGCCCGCUUCCUGGAGGCCGUGCGUGGCCGCCCGGAGCUGCGCGCGGAUGCGGACCGCGAGCUCCUGGUUCCCGUGACCCACGCGCUCCGGUUCCUGCUGCGCGCGGCGCCCGCCCGCGGGCGAGCCGCGCUGGGAGCCCGCCUGGCGGAGUGCCUGCUGCUGGCCGGGGACGUGGAGGGGGCUCGCGCGCAGUGCGAGCGCCUCCUCCGGCCCAGGCGCCCCGGGGAGCGGGCUGGGGACCUCGCGGGGGACCGCGCGCCGCUGCUGGCACUGCGCGGCUUCUGCGCGCUGCACGUGGGCGACGCCCGACGCGCGCGCGCGGACUUCCAGGCGGUGGUGGAGCGCGGGUCGCCGCACACCGUGGGCUGCGUGCGCGCGCUGUGCGGCCGGGGGCUGCUGCGGGCGCUGGCGGGCAGCAGCUUCCUGGGCGCGCUGGACUAUGUCACCGCCUGCCGGCUGCGGCCCGAGGAGGCGCUGCUGGUCGCCAAAGCCUACGUGCCCUGGAACCAGCGCGGGCUGCUGCUGACCGUGCUGCGGGAGGAGGGCCGCAGGAUGCUGCUGCGCUCGCCGGGCUGCUGGAGGAAGGCUGCGCAGGGGGCGCGCCCUGCUCCACGGGCGCAGGAAGGUGAUGCCUACGGUGUGUACCAGCUGGCCACGCUGCUCAUGGAGCUGGACGCGGAGGAUGAGACCUCCUGCCUCCUGGCAGCUGACGCCCUGUAUCGGUUGGGCCGCUUGGAUGACGCUCACAAGUCCCUGCUGGUGGCCCUGUCCCGGAGGCCCCAGGCGGCCCCUGUACUAGUGCGGCUGGCCCUGCUUCAGCUGCGGAGGGGCUUCUGCUGUGAGGCCACCCAGCUAGUAAAGGUGGUGGCUCGGUCUGGAGACACUGCCUGUCUCCAGCACACCCUGGACGUCUUCCGUCACGAGGACCUGCAGCUGCUGCGAGAACACUGCCACGCUCGGGCACUGAGCAUACUGCGGGCACGGCCAGGCGGGCCCGACAGCGAGGUCCGCACCAGGGAAGCAGUCGCCUACCUCUCUUUGGCCAUCUUUGCUGCAGGGAGUGAGGCCAGUGAGUCCCUCCUCGUCCGAGCCCGCUGUUACGGGCUCCUGGGCCAGAAGAAGACCGCCAUGUUUGACUUUAAUUCCAUGCUUCGGGAGGAACCGAGGAACGUGCAGGCUCUGUGUGGACGUGCCCUCGUGCAUCUGGCCCUAGACCAGCUGCAGGAAGCUGUGGAUGACAUGGUCUCCGCCCUGAAGCUCGACCCAGGCACUGUGAUCCCUGAGAUCCAGUCCCUGAGGCCACAAGUUCAGCUGACCCUUACCCAGGGUCUCCAUAGCCACUGCCGGGUCCUCCUGAGUCAGUUGCUGGACGCUGGCGUGCCCCUGAGAGAAGAGGACACCCAGGGCCUCCUCGCUAUGGCAGAGGCGCUGGUUAGAAUCAGUGCUGCACAGCCUAGUUGGCAUCUGUUUCUCACAGACAUCCUCACAGGGCUGGGCAAGUAUCAGGAGGCUGGCACCCACGUGCAAGAGGUGCUACACCUCGCCCCAUCACCAGAGGCUGCCCAGGCCCGGCGAGGCCUGCUCCAGCUUAAACAGGGCAGCGUGUCAGCGGCUGCCCGUGACUUGCAGCGCCUGGCAGAGAAAGACGCUCGGGACCUCAGUUUCCUCCUGCGGCUCCUUGACUCCCCAGAGCAGCAGAGUCUCACAAAGGCCGCUGCCAAGGAAGCAAGGAACCUCUUGGAUUCAGGACAUCCGGGGCGGGCACUGGGCUACUGUUCUUUGGCCGUCCUGGCUGGUGGCAGCCGUCCCGAUCACCUGCGUCUCCGCAUGGCCUGCUUGACCGAGCUGCAAGACUAUGACCGGGCCCUCAGGGACCUGGACAGCGUGCUGCAACAGGGUGAAGGGGACGGUGACCCGCCAAGGCGGACAGAAGACCUCUGCUCCCAGGGUCGCCUGCUGCUGAGCAUGGGGGACAAGGAUGGCGCUGCAGAAGCUUUCUGCCAGGCCUUGGCCCUGACACCGGCCCAGGCUCAGAGCAGCCUGGCAGAGCAACCAGGCAGAGCCACCACGGCCGGGGUGCUUUUGAUCCGUGGGCAGCGCUGUCUAGAGGAACGGCGCUACGAGGAGGCCUGGACAGCCGUCCAGAAUGGCCUCCUGGUGGACCCCAGCCACAGUGGACUAAGGAAGCUGAAGACGAGGGCUCGAAAGGAAGUGUCAUCUGGCUGCAGACUGCACUGACCACAGCUAACCUGCCAUCACCUGACUUCUCAUCCUGGGGGCUGCCGACUCCGCAGAUCCAGAGCUGUUCUGUCCACUGGCCACCCUCCACUGUCCUUUGCUACAGGACAAGAGGAAAAGCUCCCUGCUUAUACAGAACAGCUGUCCUGGAUGGCCUGCAGCCCUACUGCAGUGGGCAGCCUCAGCAUUCUGUCCUUGGAGCAGCCACAGGCAAGAUCAGGGUUGGCACCUUGGGGCCUACAGCGAGAGCCUGCCCCGGGAAGGAAGCUGCUUAGACCAGGCCUGGCUUGCCUCCUGAGUCACCUCCACCAGAUCUAGGUCCCUGGCAGCAUGUGUGGAAGUGGGCUUGCAAGGUGGCUCACCAGGAAGCUCAGUGCCUGUGGCAGCAGGCACAGCCCAGGAAGCUCCUUCCCUCACACAGAUGAGAGGCCGCAGGCGCUCACUUGGCCUGGGCUCGUUAAGAGUCGUCAGCGUGCGAUGUAGUGUGGCUGAGCUGAGACUGUAAUUCCCUUCCGUGGGCAGACUUCCUAUCCAAUCUCACUCUCUGUCACCAUCCUGACCUCUGUCACCAAAGCUGUCACAGGGUCAGGCUAGAGUACUUCACUCGCUGCAGCAGACGGGGCUGCUUGCAUGAAGUGACAAACCUGGGUUUCCUGUGAAGCUGAGGGCAGUGUGUCUGAAUUCUGAUCACUUCCCUUUUGUUCUGGGCUACCCUCUCUGCCACUUCCUCUGUAGUGCCAUGGAAACCCACUGUCUCACCUCGACAGACCAACCCCCAGGCUCAGACACGAGAUUCCUGAUCCCGCCUAUCCCUAGGCAAAGAUGAGGUGACUAUGGAUUCGCAGCCCCUUCCUAUGCGCCUCCUCAGCUGCCUUGUUACCCUCUGAGAGUAGGGGCCCUCUGCCCCGAGACCUGCCAAGCCUCACCCCGCUUGGGUCAGUACACUCCACAGGAGGUCCAGGAAGAGCAGGAGCCUAGAGAGGCUUCUGUGGAGCACACCCCGGUUCCCACCUUCCUUCACCUACAACCAUGGUCUGUAGGAGAGCCUGACGCUCCUCUCUGCCAGGUCGCCCCUUCAUCCACCAUUCAUCUGUCUCUCCACCUUUGCGUUCCACUGCAUACACUUGCCAACCCAGCAGGACCAAGGUCAAGGCUAGGAAUCCUAGUGGCUGAAGGUGGGCCGGCAGGAAGGGGAAGGUGGCAGGCAGUUAUUACCUGGCAUGCUGUCCCUGCCCUGUGUCUUUUGCUUCUGCGGUCUUUCAGCCUAAGGUAUCCUGUCAUGUUUACCCAAUCCAGGACAUCUCAGUCCUUGUCACUCUAAGAAAGAAGGUUCUUAAAGCUGGCAAAGCUCCUCCCAGGCCUGUCCUUCUCCAGCCACAAGGGGGCAUCACCCCUAGCCCAUGCUCACACACACAGAGACACACAGACACACACAGACACAUCAUCAUGUGAACACACUGCUGCUUAUCUGCCACCUUGCCGUGGUCUGACUGUGUUCCCAUGAUCCAUGUCUUCAGAUUGCAGUACUAACAGGAUGGUGCCAGAACAAGGGGUCUUGCAGGUGGGGAGGAAGUAGGUUGUGAUGAUGGAGCCCUAGAGAAUGGCAUCAGUGGCUUCACAAGACACUUCAGCCCACCCACAUGUGAGGACAAAGGGGGAUGCAGGCCUGCCCACAAUCUCACCAGUGUCCUGACCUCAGACCUGCUCCUGACCCAGCCCCUUGCAGGUGAAGCUUGGCCACACCUGACGCCUGGCACUGGGUGUGCAGCUUGACAAAUCCAUCUGUUCUGGUUAAUCAGUAUCAGUUUGCCUGGAUGUGGGACCACCCAGGAGAAAACACCUCUGGAUGUGUUUCCAAAAAGGUCAACUAAAGAGGGAAGAAGCACCCUGGACAUGGGUGAUGCCGUAUUGGAAGCUGGGGCCUAGACUGAAUAAAAAGGAAAGAGUGGGCUGAGCACCAGCCUCCCGGGCUCUGUCUCCAGGCUGCAGAUGCAAUGAGGUGCUCUGUCUCAUGCUUCGGCCCCUACACCUUCCCCACUGCUGGAGAGUAAACCUUCAAACCUCUCUA